AUGAAUUAGAGUGAACCCCAGACCACGGCACAGAUUCGGGAAAAGGUUUGAAGCGACUACAACGUUUGAGGAUGAAUGUGAACCAGGGAACAGUCGGCAGUGACCCUGUAAUUCUCGCCACAGCGGGAUAUGACCACACAGUCCGAUUCUGGCAGGCGCACAGUGGCAUCUGCACACGGACAGUACAACACCAGGAUUCUCAGGUGAAUUCCCUGGAAGUGACUCCAGAUCGGAGCAUGAUCGCAGCCGCAGGUUAUCAGCAUAUCCGUAUGUAUGACCUGAACUCUAAUAACCCCAACCCCGUUAUCAACUAUGACGGUGUCAGCAAGAACAUUACCUCAGUGGGCUUCCACGAGGAUGGGCGCUGGAUGUACACAGGAGGAGAGGACUGUAUGGCUCGUAUCUGGGACUUGAGGUCAAGGAACUUGCAGUGCCAAAGAAUUUUCCAGGUCAAUGCUCCCAUCAACUGCGUAUGUCUGCACCCUAAUCAGGCAGAAUUGAUAGUCGGGGACCAGAGUGGAGUGAUUCAUGUUUGGGAUCUGAAAACGGACCACAAUGAGCAGCUUAUCCCUGAGCCAGAAGUUUCCGUCAACUCUGUCCACAUUGACCCUGAUGCUAGCUACAUGGCCGCAGUAAACAGCUCAGGGAACUGUUACGUGUGGAACUGUGCGGGAGGAAUGGGAGAUGAGGUGACACAGCUUAUUCCCAAGACUAAGAUCCCAGCUCACAAGCGCUAUUCUCUGCGCUGCAAGUUUAGCCCUGAUUCUACAUUACUGGCCACUUGCUCUGCGGACCAGACCUGCAAGAUCUGGAGGACUUCCAAUUUCUCAUUGAUGACUGAAUUGAGUAUCAAGAGCAACAACCCAGGAGAGACGUCUCGUGGCUGGAUGUGGGAUUGUGCUUUCUCAGGGGACUCCCAGUACAUUGUGACAGCAUCCUCAGACAACCUGGCAAGGCUGUGGUGUGUGGAGACCGGUGAGAUCAAGCGAGAGUACAGCGGGCAUCAGAAGGCUGUAGUGUGCCUGGCAUUUAAUGACAGCGUACUGGGCUAAUGGCCAGUGUGUGACCCCUUCCCUCCAACAUCAAUGCCAGCUCUCCCCACCAGGACUCUGACAUUACUGCCUCAUACAUAAGCUUUCCAAGACAGGACUCAAAAGGAAGAUAAACCAUGUAUGUUUCUCAAGUGUGUAUAACUAUGUAUGUCUGACCCCUCAAAUGACCAAAUUAAAUAAAUAUUAAUGAUGGAAUUGAUUUAAAAUACGCAUUUCAACAAGUUCUGAAUAAUAUCAGUACUUUCUUUCUGAAAUUGAACUGUG